AUGCGUCUUGUGAAGGAUAAAGGCCGCUUGUUACAUGAAACUGAUGCGAUUGGAUACGAUGAGCUAUCAGACCGUACGGACGAGUCGUACGAAUAUGCUUGGGUGACGACUGGUGAGAAAAUUGAUCGCUAUUACCUGACUUUACGGGAGGAAAAAUCACGUGCCGCUCAGCGCAACACGGCUGGUCUUUGGCAUCCAGGCCGAAAGGCUUACACUUAUUCGAAAUUACUGUAG